ACUCCACCGGCAGCAGGCAAGCUAUUAUACAUCUAAUCAGAGCAGUAUUUUAAGCUUACUCUCCAAGCAACAUUUCUGCAAAAGCAAGCUGGUGAGAGACGCCUGCUCUGGACCCUAAAGAGUCUGGAGUCCUUCCCAGCGAAUUGUCUCUCACUCUGCGGAGCACGCCAGCUCAAUUACUGAAGGAGCUUGAUCCUUGCCACCGCCCUCCCCUCCUGUCUUCACUAGGAGCCUGGAAGAGGAGAUCCGCUCCAGUGCGCACCGGAGUGACCAAGUGCAGCUGGCUACCGGGGCAGCGACCUGGACGCGGGUCCUUCUUUUCCUCCGCCCGAGGCUACACCCUCCCUGUGCGCCCUGAGCACAGCGCUGGACCAUCCCGGCAGGACUCGCGGGUGACAUCACUCCUGAAGAUACUCUCGCUCUGGUCCUUGCCUUUACAAAGCCUCUAUCAGUGUGUUUGUGGGUCUCUGGAGAGGAAUCCGGCUUCCUGGGAAGAGAGCAGGGCACUGCGAAGCAACUAACCAGAGGAAGCAAAAGAGCAGGGUCGAGUGAAGGAGUAUCCCAGCGGGUGGCGACAUGAAAUUCAACGCUGCACAUUACCUGCUGCCCCUGCUGCCUGCACUCGUCCUCAGCACCAGACAGGACUAUGAAGAGCUACAGAAGCAGCUGAAGGAAGUCUUUAAGGAACGCAGCUCGGUCCUGAGGCAGCUGACAAAGACAUCCAGAGAACUGGACGGGAUCAAAGUCAACCUUCAGUCUUUGAAAAAUGAUGAGCAAUCAUCCAAAACUGAUGUUCACAAGCUCCUGGAGUUAGGCCAGAAACAAAGGGAAGAAAUGAAGUCUGUCCAGGAAGCCCUGCAGAAUCAGCUUAAAGAGACAUCUGAGAAAGCUGAGAAACACCAGGCCACAAUUAAUUUUUUGAAGACUGAAGUGGAAAGGAAAAGCAAAAUGAUCCGUGACUUACAGAAUGAGAAUAAAAGCUUGAAAAACAAAUUGUUGUCAGGAAGCAAGCUGUGUGGAAUUCAUGCAGAAGAGUCCAAAAAAAUCCAAGCGCAACUGAAAGAGCUCCGUUAUGGAAAGAAAGACUUGUUAUUUAAGGCCCAGCAGCUCACUGAACUGGAACAAAAGUUAGCUGUAGCCAAAAAUGAACUUGAGAAAGCAGCUCUUGACAGGGAAUCGCAGAUGAAAGCAAUGAAAGAGACCGUACAACUCUGCUUGUCGUCAGUUUUCCGUGAUCAGCCUCCUCCUUUGAGUCUCAUCUCAUCAAAUUCACCACAGAUGUUACAUCCAUCCAGAACAAUUGCUUCCAAAGUCCCAGAAACAAGGACAAAAAGCAAGCCACAACGAAGUUCUCCAGGAAACUAUGAGAGCUCUAGAGAACAAGCAACAAAGGAAGAGACUAGGAGAACAUCUGUGUGUGGUCCUCAAGAUGAGGGUAGUUCCUGUUCCAUCAAGCAUGAGGAGGGUCCCCAAAGUAAUCUCACUGCAGAGUCAGAGCUGACAACACAGAAACUGCAAAUGCCUCUUUGUUCUGAAUGUGAGGAGAAAAAAGGCCCAGAAAAACAAUCAGCGGGUUUCGAUGGGACUCCAGCUAGAGAAGAGAAAAUUCUGUAAACAGGAGGCAUGGCGUCAAACGCUUUCCUUUCCAGCCGUCAUGUUUCCAGAGCACAGGCUUGAUGGGAACACAUUUCUAAAGCAUGCAGCUUUUUCAGAUCUUUAUGUAACUUUAUAAUGUGGACUAUACAAUUCCCAAAAGAUUCCAGGCUGAUUAUGAACUUUAGCAAUAACCCAAUGAAAAGAAUUUCUUCACUUUUACAUCUUUAAAAUUACCCAGUACAAACUGAUUUGUUUCAAGCUAAAAUACAACAUAGCA